GACCGACGCCCAAUGCGCACCACAUGCAGCACACCGCCGACGGCACGAGUGCCCAGAACCAGAACUUCGGCACGAGUGCCCAGAAUCAGAACUUCGGCAUGAAUGCCCAGAGCGCGAACUUCGGCUUGAACACGCCGAACUUGCUCUACGGCAUGAACGCCCAGAACAUGACCUUUGGCGUGAACGCCCCGAACGUGCACACCGGCAUGAAUGCCCAGAACUUGCCCUUCGGCGCGAACACCCAGAACUUGCCCUUCAGCUUGAACACCCCUUGCCCCAAUGCGAAUCCUUUGCCCGCCACGAACGUGGACCCCGGCACCCAGAUGAACGCAGCUACCUUUGCCUCAGCCAUAGGCUCUGGCCUUUCUGGAAGUCCUCAACGAGUAGUUCAUUCUGCAAUGGACAUGCUGGGAAAACCUUCCCUGCCGGGAGGUCAUGCUGCUCAUCCUCAAGGACGACUGUCGGGAGACGCGCUGAUAGCCCAGGCGCUGAGUCAGGCCCUCUCCGGUGAAAAGAGGCCGAUUCCUUGCUGGAAUGGAGCUACGACCACGCUCCGUUCAUGGUUGAAACUCUUGGCGCUGUGGGAGCAUGAGAGCCAGAUCCCGCAGGACAAGAGAGGCAUCAAGCUCUUGCAGAGCUUUCCGGAGGGCUCUCAGCCCAGGCGUAUCGCCGACACCGUGCCCACGGACAUCCUGAUCUCCGCACAGGGCUACUCGGCGAUCCUCUCGAAGCUUUUGGAGAAGUACGGCCCCUUCUUGGAAGCCACAGGCCCGCAGGCCGUCGACAAGUUCCUAUUCGAAGGAGAUGGAAUCCCACCUCGGGAACAUGUCAGCGACAGGCUUUGCGGGCGGAUCCUCUUGAAGCAGGCCAACCUCAACGAGCUCCAGAGGGAACUCGUUAGUCUGAAAGGACCGAUGAUGCGGACCUUUGAUGAGGUGGCCAACAUGCUCAGACCGUUGGACAGGCCGGAGGCACUUGCUCGACCUGACAACGCUGGUGGACGACCUCGAGGAGCCUACUUCGCGAGCCCCGAGCACGCUAAUGCGGACGACCACAUGGAGGACGAUCAGUCCUACUUCGAGGAGGAUGAGAACGAGGACGCGGAGGAAGAAUCUCUCAUGGAUGACGAGGGCAACCCCCUGAUGUACAUGGAGGAUCGAGAGUACUCGGAGACCGAGGCGAACUACAUCCAAGCCUACCACUCGGCCUACCGAGAUGUGAGAAAGGAGUUGCAACGGCGGAGGAACGAGCGCGGCUACACCAAGCGCGACAACUACAACCGGCCCUUUGGAGGAAAGAGAACCUUCCAAAAGGGAAAAUGGAACAAGGGCGGCAAAUCCAAGUUCAGCCGGAAGGGGAAGUCAGAUGACGGAGGCUUCAAGGGCAGCAUGGGCGACCUGCAGAACCGCACCCGGUGCUUCAACUGCAACGAGAUGGGACAUUUCGCCAGAGAUUGCCCUUUGAAGACUUCAUCCACUACAAGCUCAUCGAAAGGUUUCUCCGACAAGACCAAGCGGAUCUUCGUCUUUGGUGCCCACCCUUCCAAUGCCCCUGCAGUCUUCAUGCACUACCAUCAGCCUAGGCGACUCGCUGUAUUUGCAGGAGUUCGAUGCAGGCCGAGCGAGGCUUUGGUGGACACCGCCGCCGAGGACGCUGUGAUCGGAUCGAACGCGAUGAACAGGUUGCGUGGCUCUCUUCGGGCCAUGGGAUUGCGAGCCAUUCCAGCGACUGGUGUGGAACUUCCUGGCGCUGGAGGCAUUGGCGGAGCAGCUGUGGUGCAAUCGAUGAUGGAUGUGCCUAUUGGCGUUGCUGGCCAUAACUGCAUCCUCAGGUUUACGGUGCUGAAGGACACCGGGGAGUUUGAGACACCCCCCCUGCUGCCGGUGAGUUUCCUGGAGACGAUGGACACCAUCAUCGACUUCCAGAAGAGCGAGUGCGUUAUUGGCGGCAACACCGUUGAGAUGCUCAGAUUGCCCACCGGACAUCGCGCCAUCGACAUUUUGCAGUACCAUCCCGACGGUUGGAAUUUGCCAACCGAGAUGCGAAAGAACCCCGACCUGGACCCAUUUGUGCUUCCAUCCCACACUUCAUCGGCGACGGUCUCUAUGGUGUCAGUGUGGCUUCAACGAGCAGAUGAUAAAGUUUUUGUGCAAGCUCUACCUGGCGGGCGCCUGCCCAUGAUUGUGCCCGCGGAUUGCAGUGGACUGCCUCCGAAGCACAUCACUCGCCGCCGCACAUCACAUGUCGUGUUCGAUGACGGCAGCGAGAUCACCAUCGAUGACGACUGGCAGACGCAGCACGCCCAUAGAGAGCUUCAGCAGCCCUGGCACGGCAGUGUCACCUUUUACCAGAACGGCAUCAACGCCAACGUUUUUUUGGGAGGAAAACCGGUCACCAACAAUCAGAGGCUGCUCAUUUUGACAUCUCUGAGAAUGGAAGCCAGUUUGGACCGAGCGAUCACGGUGCGGGUCAUGAUCUCUAUGUACCGCCGCAGCCACUUCCCAUGCUCAAGUGGCUAUUCAAUCAAGCUCGACAAUUCGUGGUCGGCCAUGGCAUCGCUGAAGGACCGCAUCAACAAGAUGGUCCAUGCCAAGGAUCCGACCGUCCCCAAGGAGCCGAAUCCGCAAAGGGCGAAAAAUGCUUGGCGAAGGAUGACCCUCGCGAUCUUCACCCUGAUCAAGGCAGCCACCGAUCAGCUGGUGGUGGACUACCUGGUGAAGUCAAGAAAGGUGGAGGAAGAGUUGGGAGCCGUGAGUCAGACGACCAUGAAGAAGCAGACCACGAAGAACGUCUCGCAGCAAGUGGUUCGGCAGGAGUACCUACGUCACCGAGCAGGUCGAGGCUACUUCUGGUGGACAUGCCUGCAGUGCGGUUCGCGCUGGGAGAGGAAUCAGUUGGAGGAGACAACUGCCGGGAGCAGCAGCAGCAGCCAUCUGGUGGUCGAGAAGCCGCUCAAGGGCUCCUACCCGGAGUAUCUCCCACCGCCUCGCUAUCGCACGGACAUGAACAAACUGGUCAAGGUCACCACCAAGGAGAGCGACAACGUCCCAAAGUCCCAGGGGAGCAUCCUGGCCACGGAGAUCAAGAACCAGGCGACGGCGAUGCUCGAGGACCAGUUCAACCGGGACACCGAGAACGCGAAUGCGGGUCCGGACGGCACGAUCACGGAGAAGAACAACGGCAAGGGAAAUUGCCGAUCGAAGAAUCGAACUCUGACAGGAGUUCUUCCAUGCCGCCGCUCAAAGACUCCCACAAGGAAGAGCGCCGUGGACACCGAGAUCUACGAGCUGAACACGGACUCGGACACCCUGGGAGACAUGGAGAUGGUGGACCCAGCACCGGCCAAGCAGGAGUGA